UUUAUUCGCCUGGAUAGGGAGGCCUUUGAUGAAGGGAAUGGCUUUAUUCCUGACUAGAUUGGUGUGGGGAAACCCUGGCCAAAUCUCUGCCUCAAAAUGUCGGCUCCAAAAAGGCUGAAGGAAGGACGAGGAAAGGAGGAGGGAGGGAAGAAGGAAGGAAGGAAGGAAGGAAGGAAGGAGGGAGACAGACGUCAAGCUGCGGCUUCCUCUCCAUUCAUCGCCAGGCAGAGACGCAGAGAGAGCAGGGUCUCUGGCGAAGGCCUCCCACCCAGGAAGGGGCUGGAUCACGGCGUGGAGGUGGGUGGGAUCCCGAGAUCGAGGGAGGAGAAAGCCGAGGAAGGCGAGAACAAAAGGGCCGAGGCUGGAGUGGGUUCGCCGCUUGGAAGCAGGUAGAGAUGAUGAGAAACGAAGACUACCUGAUCAAAGAAGACUUGAUUAUUCAAGAAGAGGAAGAGGAGGAGGAAGAUGAUAACCUGAUAAUAGAAAAAGUGAUCCUCACAGAGGACUAUGAGACAGAGCUGCUGGACGAAGAGGUGAUAAUUCAAGAAGAAGAAGAAGAAGAAGAAGAGGUGAACCUGGUGAACGAAGAGGAGAGCUUUCCACUGGUAAUUCAUGAACAGCCUGAAGAAAGCGAGCCCUUUCUGGGAGAAUAUGAAAUAAAUGUUUUCCAGAUUCGUGGGGAUGAAGAACCAUUUGACCUCGAGCCUGGCCCUGAAACCCAAGUAUUUGUUCCAAAGGAAAGACGUAGAGCUGUGCCGCGAUCGAGAACUGCAGGGGAGCCCAAGCAGACCCAGAAGCCAGGAAGAAUUUAUAAGUGUCCUGACUGUGAGAAAGUCUUCAAGCGGUGUUCACCCCUUAUCAGGCACCGAAGAACCCACACUGGAGAAAAGCCAUAUGUUUGCCGUGAAUGCUUGAAACCCUUCAGUGAUAGCUCAGCCCUGGUGAAGCACCAAAGGAUCCAUGCGGGAGAGAAACCUUACACAUGCCCUGAGUGCGGGAAAAGCUUUUCUCAAAGCUCAACCCUCAUUGCACAUCAGAGGAUACACACUGGAGAGAAGCCGUAUAAGUGCCCCGAUUGUGGAAAGAGCUUCAGCGUGAGCUCUAAUCUUGUUGCCCACCAGAGAAUUCACACCGGAGAGAAACCGUUUGGAUGCCCUGUCUGCCUGAAAGGCUUCUUGGUCAGCUCUCAUCUCAUCAGACACUUGAGAAUACACACAGCAGAAAAACCUUAUAUUUGCGGCGAGUGUGGGGAGUGUUUCUCCCAGAGUUCCCACCUCGUUGUACACAAGAGGAUCCACACCGGAGAAAAACCUUACCUGUGCUCUGAGUGUGGGAAGAGGUACCGGGGGAUCGCAGAUUUGAUCCAGCAUCAGAGAAUUCACACAGGAGAGAAGCCCUACAAAUGCCAGGAGUGUGGGAAAUGUUUUAGCCAACGCGCAUGUCUUAAGAAGCAUGAACAAAUUCACACCGGAGUGAGACCAUAUAUGUGCCUCAAAUGUGGGAAGACAUUUUAUCGGAACUCGCAUCUGACUAGGCAUAACAAAGUCCACAAUGGGUAAUUUUUAAAUAGUGGUUCUGUGGGAGUUCAGCUCCAUAGUAACAGUUCAUAUACAAGAAAGAAAGCCAAGUGUCCCAAGUAAUUAGUGUUUUUCAUCUUCCCCUCAUAGGUAUACAGUAAUUAUCUCAUCUGAAAUAAGGGCCUAUAUGCCUUUAAUUUUUUUAUGGGGCUAGUUAGGAUCUGCCAUCCAGGUUUCUUUUUCCUCUACCAAUUUCAUAACUGGGUCCUAGAAUUUUCCAUGGCACAUCAGAACUCUUUUAUUUUUACUGAUUAUUAUUGCUUUUAAUCUUUAGGCCAUCAGCUUUCAGACAUGUUUCUACAUUCAUUGAUUGGACAUGGAUUGCUUCAUCCAGAGUUCUUCAAGUUAACUAACUGGUUUUUAACAAAUUCUCAGACAUUUUGUUGAGUAGUGGUGAAAGGAUGAAAAAAGACUGACUGAACAAUACUGAUAUCAAGUUCUGUGAUGAUGAUGAGAUACUCCUUUCUUUCUACUCUAUUAGUGCAUAAAACGCCCUGCAUCAUCCAGUGGACUUAUGCUGUGCUCUCAUUUUGUUCCUCUACAGUGGGUGGGAAGCUGCAUGCAAGAUAAUCUCAUUUACUUCCCAGUUAGUCUGGAUUCCUAUAUGUCUCUUUUUAUUUUAAAAGACUAAGACAGUUAUCACUUUCAAUACUUUUUUACUCUAUUUAUAGCAGGGUUGUAGGCCAAAAAGUCAAUUAAGACCAGGUCUGAUGUGCCUUCUGGGUGGCCUUAGCAUUUGUUGGCUUGAAUCCUGCAUUAUGCUAACACUUUAUAACUUGGUUGUGGAGGUCUCACAAAUUUGUAGGAGAGGAGGUUAUUUGCUGGUAUUAGAGAGUACUUACUAUACAUAGUGUCUAGAUCAAGAGAAGUCAUGGUACUUCUGUAUUCUGCUUUGGUCAGACCUCAUCUGGAAUAUUGUGUCCAAUUCUGGGCACCACAGUUCAAAAGAGAUACUGACAAGCUGGAAGGUGUUCAGAAGAGGGCAACUAAAAUGAUCAAAGGUCUGGAGACCAUAAAUCCCCAUGAAGAGAACCUUGAAAAACUGGGUAUGUUUAGCCUGCAGAAGAGAAAGUUGAGAGAAGACAUGAUAGCCAUGUACAAAUAUGUGAUGGGAUGCCAUACGGAAGAGGGAACAGGUUUGUUUUCUGCUGCCCUGGAAACUAGGACUCGGUGCAAUGGGUUCAAAUUACAGGAAAGGAGAUUCCACCUGAACAUUAGGAAGAACUUCCUGUCUGUAAGAGCUGUUCAGCAGUGGAACUCUCUGCCUCUGAGUGUGGUGGGAGCUCCUUCCUUGGAAGCUUUUAAACAGAGGUUGGAUGGUCAUCUGUCAUGGAUACUUUGAUUGUGCUUUUCCUGCAUAGUAGGGGGUCAAACUGGAUGGCCCAUAUGGUCUUAUCCAAAUCUAUGAUUCCAUGUAGAACAGUGGUUCUCAACCUGUGGGUCCCCAGGUGUUUUGGCCUACAACUCUUGAGAAAUCCUAGCCAGUUUACCAGCUGUAAACUGGUAAACCCACAGGUUGAGAAACACUCAUGAUGUAGAAAGUCCUGAGUUUUGUCAGUUUUUUCCAGAUUAGAAUAUCUCAGUAGAGCCAAGAAAGACCUUUGUCCUGGAAUGCUCCAGUCCUUCAUAAUAGACACUACUAGAAUAAAUGGACCAGUGGUCUAACUCAUUGUUAGACAUGUUGGCCUAUUCAAACUUCAACCCCCGCCAAUCUAUUAGAUAUAUUGUAAUAUCCCAGUGGACUCUCAGAAGCAGCCAAGGAGAGGAAUCGCUAUAAAAAGGCCCUGUUUGACAUGCUUGAGAACAUACGGGGCUUGUAGCAUGUAUUUUAGGCUCAUGUGACAUCAGCAGAGCUUUAAAAUUGCAAUGUAAUUUCCCCCGCUUUUUAGUGGAGCUUAUAGAAAAUUAUGGGAUUGUCCCAAAUGGCAGGGAUGUGGUUAGGAAAUAGAUGUAAAUUAGAAAAACAUUGGUUUAUUUGGUUCCAGACCUUCAGAGAAGUUCCUUUUUGAGACUAAAAUUCCAAAAACUCUCCAGCCAAUUCUAUAAAUUAGAUUUUAUUUUGUCAUAUUCACUUAAGCAAGGGCCUCUUUUUCAUAUUCAGGUCUACCCUCAUUUGUAAUAUGGGGAUAAUGAUAUUCAACUACUUUGCAAGGUUGUUAUACAGAUAGCAACAAUCUAUUGUGUCAGAAGUUUUGGCACAUUAAUGUUGUUAUUUUCAUCCCAGGCUUGGGAUUAUGUUAAAGGUCCUGGAAUGAGAAAAUGUUGGUAAAUUUCAUAAUAUAUUCUACUUGUAGCUAGCCUGUUGCACAUAUUCUCUCCCUUGAAUUCUUGUCACUUGGCCCUUAUACAUUGUAACCUGUAACUUUUGGGGAGCAUUUUUAAUUCAUUCCCACUGGGAUAAGGGGAGUAAGAAAUGAAUUCUUUCAGCCCUCAAAAUGUAUAUACAUUAACCUCAACUACAUAUUCUGGACUGGAAAACACCUAAUGCAAUUUGCAGCCAGAAAUUCAUACAUUUACACAAUGCAGGCCCUGAUGGAAAGAAAGAAAAAUAAGUUUUAUGUAAAGUAUGGUCCCAUGCAGUAAUCCAUCAGGGCAUGUGUCAAUUGAUGCAUCCAUUUAAAAUGCAUUGAAAAUAUUUGUGGAUUCCCCAAUAAAAACCCCUGAGAGCAUGAACAUAUGAGAAGGAGGGAACUAUUAGAAAUAGACUUGAAAGAUCUGCCAGUUUCUGCUGCUGAUGCAAAGAACUGUGUGGGAGCUACUUGUGUAGAAAUAGUCCCUCACUGCAGAAGAGAGCGUAGAAUAAUAGGCAUGUUCCUGAUCUCCAUCUUAGGCCAUUUUAAUUGCAUGGAGUGGUCAUACAGUGUAUGUAUGUGCCAAUUUACACCAGGGUGCUUUUAGAGUGCAUUCUACAUUGUAGAAUGAAUGCAGUUUAACUGUCAUAGCUCAAUGCUAUGAAAUCCUGGAACUUGUAGUUUGGUGAGGCAACAGCAUUUUUUGGCCAGGAGAGCUAAAGAACUUGCAAAAUUACACCUCCCAGGGCUCCAUGGCAUUCAGCCGUGGCUGCUAGUGGUGUCAAAUUGCAUUAAUUGUACAAUGUAGGUGCACCUUCAGUGAAUGAAGUAGGUAGGUUCCUGAGCAAUAUUGCUUAACAGAAAAACUUGUUCCAAGAACAGAAAUAGCAUAGAAAGCAGUUGGUUUCUACACCAUAAAAAGGGAUAAUAGUUUAAUGUGUUUCAGCGAAGUUUUCAUUCAAAUUUACAGCCAUGGACAGCUGAAACUGAAACAACCAGAUCAGGUGAUCCGUGAGCCGCCAUGGCGUAAUGGGUUAAACUUGUGCUGGCUGGACUGCUGACCUCAAGGUUGUGUUGCUGGUCUGAAGGUUGCUUGUUAGAAUCUGUGAGACAGGGUGAGCUCCCAUCUGUCGGCUCUAGCUUGCGGGGACAUGAGAGAAGCCUCCCAGCAGAAUGGUAACGCAUCUGGGUAUCCCCUGGGCAAUAUCUCUAUAGACAGUCAAUUCUCUCACACCAGAAAAGUUGCUUCUGACAUGAUUUUUUUUUUAAAUGUCAUCCUUGCAGAAACAACCAUUUAGCCUUUCUGGAGACCAUUUGAAAGCACCAUCCAAAUGUACCAAAGGAUGAUUUUAAAUAUUCAGCAGCCUCCACUUUUAUGAUUCUAUUCUGGUGUCCACAUGUAUAGAUCUGCUUCUUUAAUGUGUUGAUAGAACUUGGUGAGACAACUUACCUGAUCUCCUUGGCUUUAUUUUGCUGUUCACUCAUACUAACAAGGGGCUCUUGGGGCAGCUGCUGUUUACUUUACCUGUUGUAGUUAGGCACAUGCAGCAACAAUUAAGCAGAGGCUAGAUAGCCAUCUAUUGGGGGUGCUUUGAUUCUAUGUUCCUGCAUGGAAUGGGGUUGGAUUAGAUGGCUUUAGUGGUCUCUUCUAACUCUUUAAUUCCAUGACUAGAGCAGAAUCCGCCUUCUCAGUUCAUGUAUUGCAUGGUUUGCUGCAAACUGACACAGAAGGUCUGUUUCUUCAGCCUUCCUCUACCAUCCUCCGAGUGUGGAUGCUGCUAUAAAAACUUCCAGUUAGACAAAAAGGAAACGCAGGGCCUGACAGAAUAAAAACCCUUUGGAAAAAGAAGCUUCUUUGUCAGAGGCUUUGUUAACCGAAGUAUGCCUGUAAUUUUAAUUAGGUACUCUUUUUUGCCUGCUGUGUUUUCUUUUUCUCAGAAAAUGUAAUUGAUAGUUUUCUACUUCCAAUAUAAGAAAGCAAUGUUGUUGUUGUUGUUGAUUAUCUUUUAUUCUGAACACCAAAAAAAGUUGCAUCCCCAAAGUAUGCAUAAAACGUAUGCUCGAUAGACAUUUCACAAUGCAGUGCAACCCUUUGCAGAUUCACACAGAAGUUAGUCCCAUGAUUGAGUGGGGCUCACUUCUAAAAAAGAGUAUUUGGGAUUGCAUAUGUUGGAUGUUGUUCUUUAAAGUAAAUAAAUAAAUAGAGUGCUUCGGGGAACAUGUAAA